AUGAGUGAUCAACUUCACGACCGGAUAACCCGAGGCACCCAGACGAGAGGAGUUACACACAGCGAGACGCAUCACUCUAGCCUGUACUGCUGCGCUUCUGUAUACUCUAACUCCGCCACAAGUCUCUUUGAAAUCACAAGGUUAAGGUGUUAUCCGGUUGCGCUGUGUCUCUUCUCGGGCCACCUCCUGUUUUUCGCCGCCACCGCUGUGCUGAGCCUCGCCCCAAUUCAGGCACGGUGGGCAACACCAACCCAAAAGUGCAUCCUCUCAACAUCUCAGGCUAGCCUUCACGAAUGGCCCUGCGGGUCAGAACGGCACAGUUCGAAUUCUGCGAGUAUAUGGGCUCCAUCGGCCGUCCCAGGUGUACAUAAGUCGAAGAGUUUGUCAGACCUCGAUAUUGGCGUCCCCCAGCAUGGCAUAACCACUUUUCCAAGCAUCCGUGAUGAUUCUCGAUCACUGGGUGACCAUCCAUGCGCAGUCCUAGUCAGGAGGUUAAGGCCAAAGCCGUCUGGAUACUGCCGACUAUAG